AUGGUCGAUAGAAAACACGUUAGAAAAUCGAGGAGUCAGGGGUACUUUCAUCGAAGAAGACCAGAUGAGAUAUAUAUCCAACAUGCCCAAAGUCAUAUGUUUUCAUAUGCCAACAUGGAAGAAGUCAUGCCAACACCCGAACUCCUUUUUGACGUUGAUGAAAGAGAAAACGUCACAUUUCCCCGAACUCCAGAUAACGAGGCCUCAUCACCCCGAAACUUUUUUCUCGAAAAACCACCGGUGAAUUGGAGAUCAGAGGAAACACCUAUCUCUCCUGGUGUAACGGUGUUGUUGAGUCCCGCGUAUGGGGAUGAGAACAGUGAUUUGGAUGUUAUGGAGUUUUUUCAGGCAGCGACCUAUCCAGGACCACGGGCGGUGCGAAUUACUUCAGAAAAGCCACGAGAUACGCCCAUGUCUCGAAAUGCAAAUAAGAAGAAAAAUUCAUCGAAAAUGGGGCUUCCAUCGCCAAAAACUCCUAAAGCUUGGCCUUCCAUCGUGGAGCCUGAUAUUAGUACUCUACCCUCGCCGGAAGUAAUUGAAAAAAAUAUACUAGGAGCUCGUCUGAAACUUUCUAGACGGGAGACUUCAACUGAGAAGUCUGUAGAUAUUGGACAAACUCAACGUCGUAUGAUUGACAAUCCGCUUGAGGCAUAUCUUGUGGCACCAAGGCACAUGUCAGGCCGGAAACAGACGGGCUCGCCAUCUCCGGAAAUGAGAAAUACUCGUAGCCAAAAUAAUCUGCUAGAACCGACAUUAGCAGCCAGCGGAACCAUUUCAAGGACGCCUAGUCCAGUGUUUGAUUUUGACGAUUCGGAAGUCACAGAUAUUGAAAGCGGUGACGAGUUUGAAGAGACACGCAAUGAGAGAUUGAGCAGGUGUGAAACAUUAUCGAGUCAAGAUCUUCAUAGUCCAAUGUUCGACAAGCCUCCAAAGCCACUGGAAAAAGAUUGGAAGUUCCGUCUCCAACAAGAUUGUGCUAUGGGUACUCUUGGUGCCUUAGAGUCACCUUCGAUGUUCUCAUCUGCUAGCCAAGCUCCUCGAAAAAUGCCCAAGUCGACAAAUAGAAGGCUCGGCGAGAUUGAAUUACCGAAUUACAAUGCCGAAUAUUCAAAGAGCUACACAAAGGGUAUACACACAACUCGUCCUCGUCAAACCAGUGCAGAAUCAACACGCUCUCAAACCUCGCCUAUCAUACCACCACCUCGAAGGAACAGUCCACCUAUCAUGGCACCAAUUCAUCGAGACCAGAGCGAAGCAAGAGGAGCAUCAUUUGAACCAGAAUCCCGCACACCGAGAACUGUAGUAUCGAAUUGGCUCACGAGUAUGUCUUCUAACGCUGGACGUAAGGAACAAUCGCGAGAGCAUGAUGUUUUUUGGAAGAAAAGUCGAAGUUGGGGUCGCAAGACGAAGCCUAAAUUGGAAGGCUGGAUUUAA